GGAGCCUGUACGCCACUCAAAUUCGGCUUGUCCAUGCAUUGCCGUCGGAACGUCUCGUAAGCGGUCGACGAUGGUGUCGCGGUGUUUUCGGCGACGUGCGCGGGUGUCGUCGUGUGCCUGACGACGAGGUGUGCUGGUGAGAUCGGCCCGCAGGAUACCGCGGCGGCAGCGUUCUUGGCCCCUUCCGUCGACGACGUGGAAUAGAUGCUCUGCUGCGUCCUCAGGAGACCAUGUUUUCGAGUGCAGUGCUCGGCAGCGUGGUGACAAGUGCACGGUGCGUCCACCCCCGGCACCCUGGAUUACGCUUAUCUCGAUAACCACGUAGGGUGCUCAUGGGCCCCGGGGGCAGGGCAGCCCGAUGGCGCUAGCGGGCAGCCUCCCCGAGAAGGGGUGAGGGGCGGCGCGCCAUGAUGCGGCCGGCGGCGGGGGGCGGCAGCGAGCCCGAGGCCAAGGGGCCCCGUCUGCUGCCCCCGCCCCCCCCCCUCGUGCCCCACGGCCCACAGGGAGUACCGCCAGAAGGCCCUCCAGCAGAUCCGCAACAGCCUCAUGCCCUUCGCCCACCAGGGCAGUUCAGCAGAUAGUCGCUCACAGCGCUCCAGCGCCAGCUCCACCGCCAGCGAAUCCGGCUCCUACGCCUCCCUGCCCUCACACGCCUCCUCCGAGGACACAUGUUUGCGGCCCACAAAGAGGACGCCCAAGGACUAUGGGCAGGACAAGGAGCCACCCAUCAAUGGACUCUCCAGGACACCCGGCAAACUGACGAUGAAGGCACUGCGCAAGGGAAGCCAGGACGGCGUGCCCCUCUGGGAACGGUCCAUCCUGGAGGCCAGCGUAGGGUCCUCCUCGUCAGUGCGCUCCGACAGCCCUGUGGGGGCCCUGCCGAGAGGGGGUCCCCUCGCCUCGCACCCAGACUUUCCUCCGAGCGAGCCCCCUCCUCCUCCGCCCCCGCCGAGGGGCAUCCACACCAACCACUCGCUGCUCAAGCAGACCCGGGCCCCCUCCUCGGUCGGGGGCUACAGCAGCAACUCGUCUAGUUCGGCCCCCGCCAAGGGCUCGAGCCCAGUGCCCCAGGGACUUCUGGGCGGCCGCCUGCUCUACCCGGGGGCCGCGCCCCCACCCCCGUACCCGGCCAGCCUCUCCUCUGCACCCUCGUAUGCGGCCUCCUCGAGCUCGGGGGGCCGCCAGAGCCCCGCCAACACGGUCAGCAGCAGCAGCGAGUACUCGGUGCCCUCCGGCCAGAAGCGGACGCCUCCCCCCGCCUACACGCCGCCCCCCCUGCCCCAGUCGCCGCAACCCCCCGGCGGCCCCGCGCCCCCCCGGCCGUUGCCGCUGCAGGCGUGGUCGGCCCGGCAGGCCAAGUCCCAGUCGCCGGUCAUCAUGCAGUCCGUGAAGAGCACGCAGGUGCAGAAGCCCGUGCUGCAGACGGCCAUCGCACCCACCGCACCCAUGGCGCAGACCCCCUACGGCUUUCCUCCAUCCCCCGCGCCGAGUCCUGCGCAGGCCUUCUCGGUGGCGUCGUCACGUCCCCACGAGCCCCCCCCGUACCCGAGCCAGGUGACGCCCUCGCAGUGCUACCCCGUGGCGCCGACGGGGGUUGCCCAGCCCCCCUCGUAUGCCCUGCACCAGCACCAGAAUGGGGCCAGCCUUCCCCCGCCGCCGUACGCAGCGCUCCUGCAAGGCAGGCAGGAGCCCCCCGCAGUCGUGCCCACGACGGAGCCCCCCAGCUACGCCUCUUCGGUGGUGGCGCUAGCCGUGCAGCGGGCCGCCGGGCUUGGCAAGCAGCCCGCGCCGGUCCACUCCAACGCGCCGUCGGCCGGUGGCCGGCUUGCGGUCGCGACCACCGCCGCCACGACAUCGGACCUUGUGACGACGGUGGCGAGCAUCUGCUCGUCGCAGGUGUCUGCCCUCCAGGGCAUCGCGAGUGCGGGGCCGCGCAAGGCGUCGCCCGUGGCCACGGACACGGCCAGCUCGGCCUCGCGUUCGGAGUCGCCAGUGUCGUUUGUGUCGGUGACGUCGGCCUCCUCGCCUUCGACGCAGUCGGACUCCACACACGACUCCGGCCGGGGAAAGACGACCCACCAGUCUCCGAUCCCUGUGCGGCGAGCGUGGCCUAAGGAGAAGGAGGAGGAGCGGCGUGCUUCCAAGGUGCGCAACUACUCGCCGGCGGCCUACAAGUUCUUCAUGGAGCAGCAUGUGGAGAAUGUGCUAAAGAGCCACCAGCAGCGGCUGCACCGGCGGCAGCAGCUGGAGGCCGAGAUGGCCAAAGUGGGGCUCUCGGAGGAGGCCCAGUGGCAGAUCCGGCGCAUGCUUUACCAGAAGGAGUCCAACUACAUCCGGCGCAGUCGGGCCAAGAUGGACAAGUCCAUGUUCUGCCACCUGAAGCGCAUCGGUGUUGGGGCCUUUGGGGAGGUGGCCCUGGUGCGCAAGAAGGACACGGACCACCUGUAUGCAAUGAAGACGCUGAGCAAGGAGGAUGUGCUCAAGCGCAACCAGGUGGCCCACGUCAAGGCGGAGCGGGACAUCCUGGCCGAAGCGGACAACGAGUGGGUGGUCAAGUUGUACUACUCCUUCCAGGACGAGGAGAACCUCUACUUCGUGAUGGACUACAUCCCCGGGGGCGACCUCAUGUCCCUGCUCAUCAAGGAGGGCGUCUUCCAGGAGCCCCUGGCACGCUUCUACGUGGCCGAGCUGGUGCUGGCCCUGGAGAGUGUCCACAAGCUGGGCUUCAUCCACCGGGACAUCAAGCCGGACAACGUGCUUAUCGACCAUGACGGACAUAUCAAGCUCACAGACUUCGGCCUCUGCACGGGCUUCCGCUGGACCCACAACUCAAAGUACUACCAGAAGAAUGGGGAGCAUGUGCGUCAGGACUCCAUGGAGCCGGAUAAGAACUGGUCUAAGGAGUGCCACUGCCCGAGCGGCACCAACGGGGGCUGCAGCAGCAGUGGCGGAGGAAAGCCCCUGGAGAGGAGGCGCAAGAAGGAGCAUCAGCGCUGCCUCGCCCAGUCCCUGGUGGGCACGCCAAACUACAUCGCCCCGGAGGUGCUGGCCAGGCACGGUUACGGGCAGUCCUGCGAUUGGUGGAGUGUGGGAGUGAUCCUGUACGAGAUGCUGGUGGGUCAGCCCCCGUUCCUGGCAAACUCUCCGAGCGAGACCCAGUACAAGGUCUUGAACUGGGAGAAGACGCUGCAAAUCCCCAAGGUGCCCGAGCUGUCCCCGGAGGGCAUCGACCUGAUCCUGAAGCUGUGCUGCGGGGCGGACAAACGGCUGGGGCGCAACGGGGCCGACGAGAUCAAGGCGCACGCGUUCUUUGCCUCGGUCUGCUUUGAUGGCAAUCUGCGCAAGCAACCGGCCCCCUACGUGCCCAAGAUACGUUACGCUGCUGACACGUCCAACUUUGACGCGGUGGAUGACCUGGCGCUCGAGAAGCCCGACCCGGCCCCCACGUCGGCGGACAGCAACGGGCGCCACCCGGAGCACGCCUUCUUCGAGUUCACCUUCCGGAGGUUCUUCGACGGCAGCGGCCAGCCCUACCCGGUCGGGGCGGGUUCGGCCGGAGGGGCCGCGCCGGGGCAGGAGGAGGGUGCCGACGGAAGGGGCUCGCCCGUCUACGUGUAAAGUCGCCUCCGCCCGGACGGAUGAAAGAUCCGACGUCCGUCGUGCUGGAGCCCGCGAAAUGGUGCGGGUUCUUCCUCGGCGAUUGCGACGGACAGAGACGCGCGUCGACGCAAGCGGACGGCGGGCGCCUCUCGGAACUGUGCCCCUUCCCCGCCGAAGAAACGCCGGGAGCUAGUCGAGGUGUCUCCGACCGUGCUGCAGCGAGCGACGGCGUCGGCGCUGCUUCGUCGCCGUGCAGCUCGAUGGAUCUCAGCUGGCGACGCACAUCGAAACGGACUGACACAACGGACGGUGCGCCAAAGCGUUCGUUCGUCUUUUAGACACAAUUUUUUGUUGUCCUAGGCCAAGAAGAAACGGAAAGAGCAAGUCCCGGUUCUCCGCUAGAUAGACAGUUUCAAUUUCCGCCCGGAGGCGGGUGGGACGUUUCCCGCUGCCUGCGAGUCCUCCGGGAGGGCGCAACGUCGGACUGUGAUACCGAAGCGGAGGGGGUGGUACGUGUCGCGUGCACCGCCAUGGGACUGACCCGCGUCCCCUCUGCCGCUGCCGUUGUUGCUCGUUGUUCUUUCACUAUUAUUACCUCUUGUACCAUAGCUUCUGAAGGUGCCAGCUACCUCUCCUCGCAAGGAGUUUGACCCUUUCGUGUUAUUUAUUGAUCUGCAAGUUCCGACGAAGCGCGUGUAUGUGUCCGUGUUGUCUGUGUGCGUGCGUGUCUGUGUGCGUGCGCUCGGGGAGGGGGGAACCCGCAGUGCCCUCCCCGGUAAUUUAAGUUAUGGCCCCUCUGCCGUCGCGCGUGCAGGGUCUUUGCCGACCGAUUGUCGGACAACGAGCUUGGCGAAACGUGUCCCUGGAUGUCCCUCGCUACCCGAGCUUUUUCGCGGCCCAUUUACAAAGCCGGCGUGCCUGAGGAGGGCCCGGCCUUUCGUCGAUAGCCUUAACCUCGUCUGAAGUUCGAGUCGACGUAGAUUUGGCCGCGCGUCCUUCCUUCUUGGACGGCCUUCCUUAUUGAAGGUUUGUACGCGCUGCACUCUACCGGCGGCCACUUCUUUCCUACGACGGGUAUCAUUACGCUCAUUUCUCAUCAAUCAUCGAAAGUUUUUCCUCUCCGACAGCACUUGGCAACGGGAGUUUCUUGCUACCAUUUGCAUUCUGCAUUGGUGGUUGUGGUGAAGACUAAAUACUACGGCCGAGGUAGAUGAAACAAUUGCUUCAAAACAAACCGACGAAUAAGAACCCAAUAAAAUAUCCUGCCCACACGCUUUCAGAGGUCGCAAAAACGAGACUGUACCCCCCUCUUUCUCUUCCCUUUGAGUAGUGCUCGGUGGUAGUGAGGAACAUGGACGUUGCUACGAGACGUGCCGGGGCUCUUUGCAGACGUCUGUUUCUGUCGACUCGUGCCUGUGCAGAUGUGCCAAACAGAAAGUGCCCCGUUCCAGUGCCACACUGCUCGAGGGUUGUAGCGUACGUAGGUUCACGUGGCUCAUUGGUCGUUUCUCAAAGAGUAGGCGGUCCCGCUCCCCUGCUCCAAAUCGGGAGUUGUUGUCGACAAACUUUGUAAGGAAUUUUUAAGCCUUGGUGCCUUACCACACAUGGCGCAGCUACACGUUUGGACGGGUGCCGUUGUUGGCAGCUUGGGUGCUUCUUUACAGAGCAUUGCAUGUUUGCAAGACCUCAAUUGGUUUUUGUUGCAGCUUGUUCAUCAAAGAUGAAACCCUUAGCAUGGGCACUCCGAGUUAGAACGUCCUAAAAUUUCUUCCGUCCGUUGCAGUGUAGAUUUUAGAAAGGAGAAACAUACUUUUUAAUUGCCUUUUAGCGGACUUUUGGAAUGGUUCCUCGGAACUGCUUGCAGCACAGAGAACUCGGGGUCGAAGCUGUGGCAAUGACCCAAAAACUUUAGGGCAGUGUUGGAAUGCCGUACUAGCUUGCAUUAAUUAAAGAAGGGGGGGUUUAGAAGGGGCGGCGUUCCGACGGGGGAGAGUAACAUUGGUAGCGAUGUUUACGUCGUAAAUAUUGAUGCGUGCGAGUGUGAAUGUCGACCGUUGUUGCUUCUCGAGAGGACUGGUGUGGCUGGAAAGUUGCAUUUAUGCAUGCGGAUGUGGAUAAAGGAAAGUAAAAAGGACAAAACCCAAGGUGACACAUGGAGAGAGAGGGACUACCCUUUCUCUCCUUAGGUUCUUCUCUCCUUUUAGUUGUUUUCUUUAAUCUGUCGGCCUCCUUUUUUAUUCUUUGUUAUGUACAUAUGUAAAUUUGGUUGAAUUGCUGUUUGUUUGUUGUCCUUUCCCCCCAGUGACGUCCCUUUGUGUCUCGUACAUUUUAGUUCCACCUCUCUUUUUAGAACCGUCUUAGAGCAGUGUACAUACGAAAGUAAGGGUAAGGGAAUUUCACUUUGGAGAGUUUUUCUUUUCCGGUCGCGCAGCAAGGCAACUGGCUGGGCAGGCGGGACAGACAGCAGGGCGGGCGUUUAGACAAACCAAUUUUGUACAGUUUUUGUGUCCCAGUUGUGCUCCUAGCCUCCCGAGUUGUGCUUUUCCCCCCAAGAGUGUCUUCCUCUGUUCUCGCCCAUUUCCCUGUUUCUUUUGUUCAAAAGUUUUCAGCUCCCGGCCUGUCUGUGUCAAAUAACAAUAAAUCAAAGAUUCUUACAAUGAU